UGGCCUUACACGGUUAGCGACAGAAAUCUGUCAGAUCAGCGGAGCGUACAUUCCUGUAAUACCUGCAAAUAUUUCACUCUACUUUUUUCUCCUAGUCAGUGCCAGAGACUUAAAUUCAACCUGAGGUGUCGUCAGUUUUGGAUUCUAACUUUUCGACGUCUGUAGCCGAAGGAAACAGCAAAGAAUGACGAGCAGUUCAAAGCGGAAAGAAGAAAGUCAUCUGCUGAAUGGGGGUGUAAAACAGUCCACAUGGACCAAAGCCUUCAGCAGUAAUGCUAUUUGGGAAGAGAAGGACGAGUUUUUAGAUGUGAUUUACUGGCUCCGACAAAUUAUUGCAGUAAUCCUUGGUGUGAUAUGGGGUGUUGCGCCGUUGAAAGGAUUUCUGGGAAUAGCCAUAUUCUGCAUCAUCAACGCUGGCGUCCUUUAUGUAUACUUCAGCAGCUUUCAGCAGAUCGAUGAGGAAGAGUAUGGUGGCACGUGGGAACUCACCAAAGAAGGCUUCAUGACAUCUUUUGCUCUGUUUCUGGUGGUGUGGAUAAUCUUUUACACAGCUCUACAUUUUGACUGAGAGGAACCCAUAGGACACUAAAUACAAAUCUUUCUGUUGAAGUAAAUUGUCAAGACACAGGAACUCCAUGACUUGAGGAGUGUCAACACUCCUACAUACAGUAUGACUUCUCAGUGUGCAGUGCAUCAUGGGAAUCCUAGUUUGAAUAACAAGAUACUGCAAGACCACCGUGAUGAACAUGUUCAAAUACUUCUUCUUAAUUUGAGAGUUCUUUUUAAAGUACUCUCCAGUACACUUCAAUUUGUUAUAUUUCCUUCCCAAUAUCAUCAUCAUCUCUGACAAAACAGUACAGAUACAGAAAGCAGUUCGGCUCAGAUUGGUGGCAUUUCAAUUUAUGCUGGAACAGUACCUUGAUAUAACACAGGAGGAUGCUUUCUCUUGGUUGGCUUACUACAGGGCCUUUCUUCUGCUUUAGAAGAGUGACAUGAACACAGGUUUUUGACUGUAAAGACAACUCGUAUGUGUAUUCAUCAAAGUUUUACUGCUCACUCAAAUUACAGGAACUGGGCAAUAAAAAAAGUCUUGUCAUUUAGUCAUUAUGAUUCAAUCCGUCUAUGAGUGUUAAGUGUUACCUUUUUAAUUUAGGGGCAAAACGCACCAUAUCAGAUGUGCUACACUAACAGUAAGGGAUGAAUUCUGUGGCUUCACAGCAAAAUUUCACUCCAAAAUUACAUGCUUGCCUUUUUGAGAAAUUAAUCUGGGCCUGAGAAUAAUAUAGAAAGUGGCAUGACAGUAAAGCGCCUUAUAGGUUACUGUUAAGGUUACCAGCUACAGUAUGUGUUUGGCUUCAAGGGUGGAGUCGUCCUUUUUCAUGAAAUAAUAAUAUAGGUGAUUCAGAACUUCAUGAUUGUUUUUUUGUUUUUUUACUCACUAGAUAUAAACAAGACAUUUUUGAAUGAAAUCUGUCAAUUGUAAUUUCUUCUAAAGGGUCUGGUGUCCAACUAAAUGUGAAAAAUCGCAGCUCACCACAGCUGAAAUCUCACUUGAGCUCAUUUUAACAUCAAAACAAAUGCUGGUUGUAAGAUACGUAUAUCAGCUGAUAUCCAAUCCCAAUGCCAGUAUCUGCUAGCAGUAUCCAUGCGCUGUAACUUCAGUCAGGAACUAAUCGCCGUCUAAGUAAUCUGUUCAUCCAAAUUAAUUCCUGCAAAUGCAAAGAGGGAGGAAACAUGCAUGUUGUGUUCAGAAGCAAAUGUUCAAAGAUUUAACCUGGCCUGUGCACUGCCAUGAUUUGCUGUUCGUAUAUCUAGAUGUCAUUUAUUAAUGGCAUUAGUUAGGAGGGUAGAAAUAAUUUAAAUUUAUUGUUUUCUCACAUGUAGCUUCCAGAUCAAAGUCUUACCUGUUGUUUUGGAAUUAAUUUAACUUGUCUGUAAAUUCUGUACAAUGUCCCUUUUGUCAAAUCCACAUUGUAUUACACAGAUUUAUUUGUACUUAUGUUAUAUCUUGUUCGAUGUAACAUAUUUCUCAGUAUUUUAUAGUGAAGAACUUUUAAAAACAGUUCUUUCAAAGUUAUUGUACUGAUACUGUUAUAUUAGAUAUGCAGCUGGUUUGAAAGGAUUGUAUUUUCUGAUCAAAUCUUUUGGGAAUCAUUAAACAUGGGCUUUAUUUGGCCUCCAUUUUCAAAGAGA